AUGGGAUGGCGGGCAGUGCUAGUUUUGCUAUCGAUUGCGGGCGUAGCACGCUCCCAAAAUUGUAGAGGCGAGGAACCGAAGCCGAGACCUUGCGAGAACGUUUGUGAUGAAAAUGGCAACUGCAGAAUACGUGCAGCAAUGCUCCUGCCCAAGAACACAACAUUCUAUGCGUCUUUGCCCGUGGUUCAACCAGUCUUCGACCUGGCCAUCCAAUCGCAGGCUGUCCAAGCGGCAUUUCCGCCCUGGCUAAAGUUUGAGUGGAUGACGUAUGACGUCACGGACUGCGAUGCAGCAUACGCUGUCAUUUCUGCUAUAGAUGCUUACAACGACUGUGCGCAUGUGUUCUUUGGGCCUGCCUGUGACUUUGCUCUUGCCUCAGUAGCUCGUAUUACGAAAUUCCUGGGCAAUUCCGGGAUCCCUUUAAUCACAACUGGAGGGUUCACCUUUGACUUUGUCACGCCCAAACAGACUUGCGACGACGAGUUCUAUAUGCUGGUGCGAACCAGCCCGCUGGGUUUUAAGGACAUGGCGUAUUUCAUCAUAGAUGUUAUGAGGCACUAUGACUGGCGACAACUACUCCUCAUCAACGAACCCGAAGCCCAAGUAGACGUCGCGGGCAAAUCCACAUGCCACCUCAUGAUGAAGACGUUUGCAAACUUUCUCAAAAUAGAAGAUAUAAUCUACACACCAUGGGACACAACCUCCGACGGCGGCUUAAAUCAUACCGAAAAUCUUAAAUUUUACCUCGGAUAUAAAUAUACAAGUAAAUUCGAUUGGAAACGAACAGUGCUCUUGUACGAAACAUCAGCGUUUGUCGAGUACGUCGGUGUACGUGGAGGGCAUUUACUGGCCAGCACCAUACAUGAUUUCUUGAUACGGGAGGCUUUCCACGUUUACGGUAGAGAAUUGCAACCGCACGUGCCAGCAGCUGAAGCACUGUUAAAAUACGUCGGAUAUGAUUAUACCAGUAAGUGGGCCUAA